AUGAUUCAAAUUAUUAUUUAUUAUCUAUUCAGUUUUAUUUUAUUCAGCAACAAUGUUUCUGCUGCGUCACAGAAAUUACAUAAAAGAGAUAACGAAAAGUACUUCACAUCGAAUGGAGUAGUUUAUCAACAAGAGGUUGUAACAAGCUACAUUCCACCAGAAACACAUUAUUACACUUCCUAUUACACCUAUGUUACCACCAUUUACAGCACAUACACAACGGCUAAUAAAAAAACUGUCCAAACGGUAAUUUUUGAAACUACGUCUCCAACUACAAUAUCCAGCGUUUUGACAAGUAGCACCUCAAGUGCAACCACAACUAGUUCCAUUUCAAGUUCUUCCAUUUCUACAACUCUUUUAUCAAGUUCUAUAACAGCUUCUAGUUAUUCAGAUUCUAUUUCCGCAUCCUUUAGUUCAAAUUCUUUCUCCAGUUCGACACCUGUGUCAACUAGUUCUACCACGCUAGCUUCCAGCUCUACUACUCUAGCUUCCAGCUCUACUACUCUAGCUUCCAGCUCUACUACUCUAGCUUCCAGCUCUACUACUCUAGCUUCCAGCUCUACCACGCUAGCUUCCAGCUCUACUUCUUCAUCUGACUCUGCUCCUUCAUCCAGCUCUACUAUAAUAUCCUCCAACUAUGUACCUUUAUCCUCCAGCUCUAUUGAUCAAAGUUCUAGUUCUUCUAUGUUAUCUUCUAGUUCUAAUGUUUCCCCAUCAAGUUCCAGCACCAAUUCUGAAGCAUCUUCAUAUACAGUCGUUACUAUUAAUAGCAGUAGCAAUGGUUCUUCAUAUGUUUCUAUUCCCACCAAAACCUUGACACCGUCAUCUUCUAACAAGAAUUCUAAUAUAGUCUCAUCGACCAGCAUUGUAAAUCCUGAUAGCACUUUCAGUUCUAGUCAAAUUACAGCCUCUGCAAGUUUAAUAUCUGAUGAUGACAAUACUGUUGGAUUUUUAACUGUGGAUACUCCAUUUCUAAUCACAACAACACAAUCUAACGGUGAAUGCGAGGUUUAUUUUUACGAAGCUGUUUAUUAUAAUAGUGCUGGAGAUGCUUAUACGACUUAUUAUGAAGAAUAUACCGGUGCUGGUGUUCCAACUAUCGAUACUUCUUCUACUAUAACAAGUACAACCACAAGUUAUGUUACUGUUACUUUGAAUUCAUAA